CUUCUCUCAACAUCAUCGAUCAUAUCAUGGCUGCUGCUACGGCAGAAGAGAAAGCUCCUGCUAGAUUGGAAGAGGAUUAUACUCAAGAUGGCACAGUGGAUCUCAAAGGUAGACCCGUUUUAAGAUCAAAGACUGGGAAAUGGAAAGCUUGCUCCUUCAUAGUAGGGUAUGAAGUGUUUGAGAGGAUGGCAUACUAUGGAAUAGCAUCAAACCUAGUACAAUAUCUGACAGAGAAGUUGCAUGAAGGCAUUGUGAAUUCUUCAAACAACGUUAGUAACUGGGUGGGUUCUGUGUGGAUGACGCCACUGGCAGGGGCUUACAUAGCUGAUGCCUACCUUGGACGAUAUUGGACCUUUGUUAUUGCAUCAGCAAUCUAUCUUCUGGGCAUGGUUUUGAUAACUCUAGCAGUGUCAGUACGGGCACUGAGGCCACCGCCAUGUCCAGUGGGUGUAGACGACGCCAAUUGCCCACGCGCCACCAAAUUGCAACUGGACAUAUUCUUCUUGGCUCUGUACACUAUUGCAGUUGGCACAGGUGGCACAAAGCCCAACAUCUCAACAAUGGGCGCAGACCAAUUCGAUGACUUUGAGCCCAAAGAGAGGCACCACAAGCUCUCUUUCUUCAAUUGGUGGAUGUUUAGCAUCUUCUUUGGUACCCUUUUCUCCAACACUUUCUUGGUCUACAUUCAAGAGAAAGUCAGUUGGACCAUUGGGUAUGGGCUUCCAACUAUCGGGCUUGCAGUUUCAAUAUUGGUUUUUUUAUUUGGAACUCCCUUGUAUAGGCACAAGUUACCCUCUGGGAGCCCUAUAACUAGGAUUCUUCAGGUCUAUGUUGCAGCAUUGAGGAAGUGGAAAGUGCAUAUUCCUGGAGAUCCAAAAGAGUUGCAUGAACUAAGCAUUGAGGAGUAUGUCAGUAAUGGGAGAACCAGGAUUGAUCAUAGCCCUUCAUUCAGUUUUCUAGACAAGGCGGCAACGAGGACAGACCAAACUUCACCGUGGAUGCUUUGUACAGUGACACAAGUUGAGGAGACAAAGCAAAUGACCAAAAUGGUCCCUAUUUUGAUCACAACUCUUCUACCAAGCACCAUGCUAAUUCAAGCAACCACACUCUUCAUAAAACAAGGCAACACCCUAAACAGGAGUAUGGGACCAGAUUUUGAUAUCCCCCCAGCUUGUCUCACAUCAUUCAUAACCAUCUUCAUGCUCAUUAGCAUUGUUAUCUAUGAUCGUGUAUUUGUUCCCGUGAUCCGGCGAUAUACCAAGAAUCCCAGAGGGAUUACACUUCUUCAGAGACUCGGAAUUGGCCUCGUGAUUCACAUCAUUGUGUUGAUCACUGCGAGUUUUGUUGAGAGGAAGAGACUCAGCGUUGCAAGAGAACAUAACCUCUUGCGCCAGCAUGACCAACUUCCUCUCACUAUUUUCAUCUUGCUUCCUCAGUUUGCGCUGACGGGGAUUGCUGAUAACUUUGUUGAAAUUGCGAAGCUGGAGUUCUUCUAUGAUCAAGCACCUGAAGGCAUGAAGAGUAUGGGAACAUCAUACUUCACCACCAGCUUGGGAAUUGGAAGCUUUCUUGCUACUUUCCUUCUAACAACGGUUGCUAAUCUCACCAAGAGAAAUGGUCACAAGGGUUGGGUAUUGAAUAACCUGAACGUUUCACAUUUGGAUUAUUAUUAUGCAUUCAUGGCAGGGCUGAGUUUUAUCAACUUGCUUUGCUUUCUGGUUGUUGCCAAGUUCUUUGUAUAUAAUGAUGAUGUAGCACAAAAGAAAACAGGCUUGGAGAUGAACACUGCUUCAUCUCAAGGCUAUAGUAAUAAUAGAAUUAGCCAAAACACCCCACAUCUAGAUCUCAAUUAGCGAAAACCAGUGUACUACUUCAAUCUUUGGAUCAAUAACAAGGGGAAAUCGAAGUUUUUCUACGUAGGGUUAAGACAUCAUUGCUGAUAAACUUCCACCAAUAGCUGUCUUCAACUGCAUGGUGACAUCAACAGGCUAAAUGCAGCUGCUUACCAGAUACAUGAAAAACCAUCCACGAGCUAAAACUUAUUGGAAAGUAGAUAUUCUAUAAGUAGUUGAGGAUACAGUCAACGAAUUCAU